AUGGGGAAGUACAUAGAGUUGUUAGACGUUGGUAUUAGAAUGGUUGCCAGAUUCAACUCCCACUGCCCUCAAACUUCAAGAAUGUAUUAUCAUCCGCCAAGCAGGCAUGACGAAGAAGACCACCAUCUCCACCUCUUCAGUCACCAGAAUUCUAGCGUCAACAGUGGUGGCGUUAGCGGAGAUGCGACGGCUGUAGGGGAUUUGUUUCUCCGGAAGGCUAGUUUUGGAAUUGACGCUAAUGAAUUGAUUCUUCAUACUGUAGUUUGA